UGCGUGGUGAUCGCGCUAACACGUCUUCUUGGCCGCUUCCCAGGUUACGAAUCUAGACUAUAAUGUCAUCGACGCCGGACCGGUUGAUCUGCUCCCAUUUCUGAUGCGUUUCUUGCCUGUUGGUGGCCACCGCUCCCUGGGUCCUAAGGGUUGAUGAUCGAUCUUGAUUUUUGACGGUGGUUUUGUUUUCACAUGACUUUGAUCUAUGGCUUCCAAGAGGAUCCAAAAGGAGUUGAAGGACUUGGAGAGGGACCCUCCUGUGUCUUGCAGUGCAGGCCCUGUCGGCGAGGACAUGUUCCACUGGCAAGCGACCAUUAUGGGACCUGCUGACAGCCCCUAUGCUGGUGGUGUAUUUUUAGUGAAUAUUCACUUUCCACCAGACUACCCAUUCAAGCCACCAAAGGUCUCUUUUCGCACCAAAGUUUUUCAUCCAAAUGUCAACAGCAAUGGUAGCAUCUGCCUCGACAUCCUCAAGGAGCAGUGGAGCCCUGCUUUGACCAUAUCAAAGGUGUUGUUAUCCAUAUGCUCACUUCUGACGGAUCCCAACCCUGAUGAUCCAUUGGUACCUGAGAUCGCUCACAUGUACAAGACUGACAGGGCCAAGUACGAGACAACUGCCAAGUCUUGGACUCAGAAGUAUGCCAUGGGAUAGAAAACUUUCUACUUUUGUGGAGCAUUCGCAGGUUGGAUCUCUUGGAAAAUAAGAUAUGUAGUAGUAGUGCUAUUGUCAUGGGCUAAACUACUAUUUGGUACCCAACUGGAGAUCCUUAAAACUCUUGUAGACCUUAAUAUACAUAUGAAUCUUAAUUUCUUCCUGUUGUUUCUGCA